AUGGUGUUCAUUUUUAGAACGUUGUUCGCUGCGAGGGAGUUGAAAAAACCACGAGGCUAUCUUAGAAGUAAAUUCUUGGAUUCCGUCAGACUUCAUGUCAAAGGUGGCACAGGUGGGACUGGUCUACCAAAAUUUGGGGGCCUAGGAGGACAGGGCGGUUGUGUUUAUUGUAUCGGAAAAGAAGAUGCAAACCUCAAAACCGUGAUGAGCAAACAUCGUGGCAAGACAGUUAGUGCAGGACAUGGAGAAGAUAGUCGCAAAACAAAAAUAGUUGGUAAUCCAGGCUCCGACGUAAAACUUGAAGUUCCUCUUGGCGUAACUGUAUUUAGAGAAGAUGGAAAAGUUUUAGGUUCAAUCGAUAAAGAAGGUGAAACAGUAAUUUUAGCAAGGGGAGGGCCAGGAGGGACGCCUGAAUCAAAUUUCUUGGGGCAUCAUGGACAGGUUCAUCACAUACGUUUGGACUUAAAAUUAAUUGCUGAUAUUGGACUCGUAGGAUUUCCCAAUGCUGGCAAGAGUUCACUGUUGAAAGCAAUUUCAAGAGCUCAACCUAAAAUUGCAAACUAUCCUUUCACAACAAUAAAACCCAACAAAGGAAUCAUUAGUUACAAGGACCUCAGACAGAUCUCUAUAGCAGACUUGCCUGGACUCAUUGAAGGUGCCCAUGUUAAUGUGGGAUUAGGACACAGUUUUUUGAAACAUGUGGAAAGAACAAAGAUUCUGCUGUUUAUUGCUGAUGCACAAGGGUUCCAACUCAGCCCAAAACAUCCAAAGAGGUCAUGCCUAGAGACUGUGUUGUUGCUAAAUAAGGAGUUAGAACUUUAUAAUAGUGAAUUACUUCAAAAGCCUGCAAUACUGGCUGUAAACAAAAUGGAUUUACCUGGCACUGAUGAAGUACUAAGAAAUAUUAAAGAAGCCUACAAAGAUAUGAAUUCAUUGCUUGAUACACUGCCAGAAGAUGUGAGGCCAGAAAAUGUUAUAUCUUUUGAUGACAUUAUUGGUAUAUCAGCACUAAGAAGAGGGCCAGGUAUACAGGAGUUGAAGGAUCUGUUGAGAAGAAGAUUAGAUGAGCUGGCUGAGGAGACUGAUCCAAACAUUGUACAUCCUAGCAAAGUACUCAGACAGUCAAGAGCUAUUGUUAAAGAAAGAGGGUCUAAAGUGACUUAG